AACUUGUAUCAGUAUUGAUUUGUUCCAAGGAUUUAGUUUUUGAAAAUUAGUUGAAGCUGGGGAAUUGUUUUGGGGGUUUCGUUCAGACAUAACAAUUCCAAAACCUUCAUCCCAACCUGAUGACAUGAGUUUGGUAGAUACAAUCUUGUAUUGAUUUUGAAACUACCUCUGAGAUGUACACACCAGAACACUCUGCCACUCAGCAAAUCAAGCCGCAGCAAAGCCCAACAGCACCAGCAAACAACCCUAACAGCAGCAGCCCAGACCAGCAAAAGACGCCAGCCCCCAGUCCCAACCUGAAAAACAGCCCCAAACACAAGAUAGCAACACAGGCUACCCUCCCAACACAACUGUAGAUCAGCAGAUGCACAACCACCCUGCCACAGUAGCUGCACCAGUAGAACACCACUCACCAGCAGCUGCACCAGUUUGAGCCAACCUUUGGUCAGCAACUACCAAGUCAGUGAUGGCUACGUAUUCUCUCAUUUUUCAAUUUGGCAUUUAAACCUACAAGUUCUUGAAAUUGUUACACUUUUUGAUGCGUUAAUGAUUUUGCAUUACAGCAAAAUUGUAUUUUUAGUGGGUUACAAAUUGUAUUUUGAAUUACAGCAAAUUCUCAUAACAAAGCUCUAUUCUUUUGGAAAUCAAUUCAGAUUUGUGCUGAGAAUCUAGCAACACAUCAGAAUCAAGAUUUGUGCUUUACAAGAACCGAAAAACAAAGGAUUGCUGCUCCCAAGUCCUCCAGCAAAAGUCUUAACAGCAGAUGGAAAAGAAGAUCAGUUCUUUACCCCCCAUCUGGAAAAGGUGAGAGCUCGCAUAUGCUAUCCACUCCUACAAUCAGCACUCCACUAAACUUCCAACUACCAAGCUCUGAGUCAAUAGUGCCUAUUUCAGCAUCUAUUCACACUUCAGAGGUAGCACCUCCAUCUGAAGCCGAACUGAAAGUGCACCGCAACUUAAAUUUUCUCAAUUUGAAUCUUCAUCCAAUCCAGAAGAUUCCAUCUCCUAAGGUGCUUCACUACAUGUUGAUAAAGAUAAUUUCUUUUCUCUUUAGGACUUUUAAACAAAUGCUUGGUAGUUGAACAUUGCCUUUUGAAGACUACAGUUUGGACAUGUAUGCUACAUUUUGCUUAUUUCUAUAUCAACAUAUCUACAUUAUGUUGUAUGUGAACAACUUGCUUAUCAAUUCUACAAUCCAAGAACUUGUUUCUUGUUUAAUUUGCUCAAUUCCUUAAAAUCAAUAAUUACAAAUUAAUUUGCGCAUAUUGAGUUGAUGUUGUUGUGUCUCGCUAUCUUCGUGAAUCUGUUGAGGGCUGUUUGCUGGUAGUGUUGUUUGUAGGUUGUUUUUGGUGGUUGCUUUGGUUUGGUCUGUUGAUGCUAUGGUAUUUAGAAGUGUGGUUGCUGCUGGUGGAUGUAGUGUACUGGCUGGUUCUAUAGCAGGUUGGAUUGUGUGCUGUUUGUUUGUUGGUGCAGUUUGAGCAUUGUAAAGCAGCUUUCAGCUUGGUUUGCUUGGUGCUGGUUGCUUGUGGUUGCUUUGCUUGAUGCAAUUAGCUACUGAUGUUGCUUGCUUGGGAGUUGUUGCUACAGGGAUUCAAUUAAAAAUAAGGAUUGGAAUAAUGGGCGUUAAUUUAAAGGUGGCAUUAAUAAUUCUGGUAACAUUGUUCAUUUUCUCCGGCACAGUAGAAGCAAAAAAGCCAUUAGAUCCUUAUAAGGUUCUAGGUGUUGAUCGGGAUGCUAGUCAACGUGAUAUUAAGAAGGCUUUUCACAAGCUUUCUUUGCAGUAUCACCCUGACAAAAACAAGAGUAAAGGUGCUCAAUCAAAGUUUGAGGAGAUAAAUAAUGCUUAUGAAAUUUUAUCUGAUGAACAAAAGAGGAAAAACUAUGAUCUAUAUGGAGAUGUGAGAGGGGGCCCUUCAUUCGAUGGUGGGAGUGCAGGAGAUUAUGGUGGAUAUACUCAGUUCACAAGUGGAGGAUCAGGACAGUGGCAAAAAAUGGGUGGAGGUGCAUCAGGACAGUGGCAAAAUAUGGGUGGAGGUGGCCGGUCUUUUUCCUUUUCCUUUGGUGGACCUGGUGGUGGAAACCAUUUUGAUUCCCGUCUCAAUGAUAUGUUUGCAAACUUCUUUAGUAGUGAAACGGGUGGUGGUUCAGGCUUUGGUGGCUUUGGUAGUUCCUCUGGAUCUAAAUUUGGAGGCUCAGCUGGAUCGCAAUCUGGAUUUAAGCGGCCCCCUUCAGGCUUUGGUAGUUCCUCUGGAUCUAAAUUUGGAGACUCAGCUGGAUCGCAAUCUGGAUUUAAGAGGCCCCCCAAGAUUGUCCAUGCUAUAAGUUCACAGAUGUUUGAGAAGGAAAUAAAUGGCAAGGGUAUCACUUGGCUUUUGCUUUCUUAUUUGCCGUCAGCGAUGUCAGUUCAGCAGUAUGAAUCAAUGUUGGAGGAAAUUGGAAACUCAUUGAAAGGAGCUUUGAAAGUUGGUAAAAUAAAUUGUGAUAAUGAAUCUACCUUUUGUAAAAAGCACGGAAUCCAUCCUCGUAAAGCACCCAGAUUAUAUGUUUAUUCUUACAUAACAAAUGAAAGUGGUUCCUUUGUGGAGUACAAUGACGUGUGGGAUGCGAAAAGUUUGAAAAGUUUUUGUCAAGAACAUUUACCGAGGUUUUCAAGACGCAUCAGCCUGGACAACUUUCAGCCUUCUUUUGGUUCUGGGGAAAAAUUGCCUCGAGUUAUGCUUCUCUCAACCAAAAAAGAUACUCCUGUUAUUUGGCGUGCUCUUAGUGGCUUGUAUCGCAAACGGUUUAUCUUCUAUGACACACAGGUUAAUGAUGUUUCUGUUCCAGAGGUUCGAAAGUUAGGUGUUAAUGCACUGCCUGCUGUAGUUGGGUGGUUGUCAAAUGGUGAAAAACAAAUACUAAAAGCAGGAAUAUCUGUGAAAGAUUUAGAGUCAGCUGUUCAGGAACUUGUUACAUUGCUCGAGAGUUUCGAAAAGAAGAAUAAGAUUGUUUCAAAUCAGGCGAAGAAAUCCCAGAGUGAAUCAUCUACCAAUCAAGUCCCGCUGUUGACAGCAUCAAACUUUGGUGAUCUUUGUGGAGAAGGAACUCCUGUCUGCCUGAUUGGUGGCUUUAGAUCAUCAAAAGCAAGAAACAAACUUGAAUCAAUCCUAUCAAUGGUUUCCCAGAAAUCAUUAUCAAGGAGAAGAAACCUUUCAUUUGAAUCAAAAGAUUCCAUCGUUUACGUUAUGGUUGAUGCAACAAAGCAGCAGUCGUUCCUGAAUGCUUUUGAUAAAUCUGGAUUCAGAUCAGCAAACAGCUUCUUAGUGGCCUAUAAACCUCGGAAAAGCAAGUAUGCAGUGUAUACCGGGGAUCUGAAUGCUGAAGAAGCUGAGAAAUUCAUCAGCUCGGUUCUCAGUGGUGAUGUACAAUUUACCAAGACACGGGACAAACCAAAGUUCAUGUAGAGAUAGCAAUCAUAGUAACGCAACUAAAAUUGUAAGCAGUGUACAUACAAUAUAGCUUCGAAAACAGUUCAAACAUAAGCAUCCACCGUAGCGCAGAAAUGUAUAAUAAGAGUUUAGAGUGUGGUGAGAAAAUUGAUAUUUUUUUUGUCAUAAAUCUCAGAUUAAUAUUUAGGACAGUUGAUGAUUUGUGUUCCCUUGUGGAAUCUGGGAUGGGUUGGAAGCCCUCCUUCGGAAAAUUUUGGAAGAUCCAUUGGAUCUCAGAGCAACUAAAAUGUUGUAAUUGUGGAACUUUGUGUAGAUUUUUUUUAAAUUUCUGCUAACCUCUUGAAAGAUUGAGAUAUAUCUCAAGUCCAACUCAUUAAAGAUUAAUGUCUAUUUACGUGUAUGAUCAAGGAAGCCGAAUGUUGGGUCCCUCAUGAUUAAAUCAAAAAAAGCUU